CAACAUUUGACAAAAGAUUUCUGGUAAAUAAAAAAAGAUUAGUAUAACAGUGAGUUGUUCAUGAUUAGAGUUUUAGCAAAAUCAGCAUGCCGACAGUGUGCAUGGAAUUUAAAAUUGGUAGCUUUUGACUAAACUGAAUACGUUUUUUCAGCAAUGUAAUAAGAUGCGAUCCUAUUUUGUUCAGAUUCAUUACAAAUAUAAUUAUUUUAAAAGUAUAACCUUAUUGAUAAUGGCACGUGUUUUGGGUAAACAUUUGCUUUGAUGAUUGUUGCUGUUUGAACGCCACGUUUCAAUUUGCAUUAUAAAGCAUAACCGUCUCAUGGGCCAACUUUGCCUAUUUGCGUUUGCAGGAAAACACAAACAUGUAAAUAUCUAGACCAACCCCUCAUAACGAUACCAAAGAUGGUCGUUCCCAAUUUGCAAAACAAACAAUUGUUUUGCAUUUUUUUACCGCAAAUCCUUUAAAAUGGUGCGUGGUCAGCAUCAAAGUCAAAAAAAGGUUCAAGAUGGACAAUUCAACGGAAAUUCUCUCGUGGGAGCCCAUGGAAACAUCUUUGCAAAGUUUGGUUGCUCAUAUUUUUUCAACCUACAUGUUGGAGUUGUACGCAACUUGUCUAUUACUAAGCAAGAACAUGAAUGCUUUCAUAAGAAAAUUUGCAGCUUUUCCGAACCACCCACUGGUGUCGAUUGAGAUAGAAAUUGACUCGGAAGCACCUUUCAAUCCGGAAAAGUUAACGGAAGUGAUCAAUCUGGGCUGUCACGCGUUCAUAAUGGAUGAGGAGUUGGCCGGAAUCUUUCUCGAUGCAUUCAUUCGCAGCCAUGACUUGGCCAUGUUUCGCAAUCCGAACAAAACGGUCAUUGUGCUGCGGGAUCCGCAGGCUGAAGUGGAUGGUGCGGUAUUUUUGGAGGAUAUCUGCAGACAUCCAGCGUUGAGAGAUAUUGUGCGAUUUCUGGUGGUUAAUCCAGCCGGGGACAGGAUUAACCUGUGGACUCAUCGAUACGUGUCCUCAGUAGAGGAAGCAAAGGAGUUGGUCUUUCUGGACAGCUUUUAUCUGGUGAAUGGAUCCUUUGCGCUUGGGAAUGAGUUGUUCCCAGAUAAAACAACUAAUUUGGCGCGAAAGUUGUUCAAACUAGCGAGUUUUCGACUGAUUCCUCAUUUCAUAUAUACGCCGAUUGAGGGCAGUCAAUGGUUGGCCACAUAUAAGAACCAAACUGUCAAAGUCGAUGGAAUGGGUGGGUUAGUGGCGGUUGAGUUUUGCAUGAAGUUCAACUGCACUUGGGAUUUGUCAAUUGAUCAAGCCGGUGAAUGGGGAAGGGUCUAUGACAACUGGACGGGGGAUGGAAUUAUGGGAGCCGUUGCCGAACGUCGAGCAGAUGUUGGGAUAGGAUCUCUGCUAACCUGGGUCAGUGCUCAUCGAUUCUUUGGCUUCACGGCCACGAUUCGUAAGGUUGGAAUCGGCUGUUUCGUUCCAAGACCACGGAUGAUCCCAUCGUGGCAAACCGUUGCACUGGCGUUCAGUCCGAGUGUCUGGCUUUGCAGUGUUCUUAGUGUGGCUUGCUGUAUCGGGAUGUACAGCUUUCUUUCACACCAUGAUCCAUCUCCUAACGCCGAACGCAGAAGUUUUGGCUGGAACGCCAUGAAUGUGGUGGCCAUUUUUCUGUUCAACGGGGCCAAGAUUCUGUACGGAUCCAUGUCGGAAUGUAUACUUUCGAUUGCACUGGUUGCGUUCACCAUUAACCUUGGAAAUAUUUUCAUCGGGAAGAACGCCAGUUUGAGGGCAUUUCCACUGUUUGAGCCACCGAUUGAUACCGUGGAGGACAUAGCCAACAAGGAUUUGAUUUGGGUUCAAACCCACGAAGCUUGGGUUCACUCGUUGUUGCUGACGCAGAAUCCCUACUUAAUGAAGGUUGCUGAAAACUUUAGGAUUCAUUCGAUUCCAGAGAUGAAUGAAUUGGCUGACCAAGGUGAGGUUGGGUUUGCCGUGAGCAAGCUAAACUACGGACAUUUUAUGAUUGGAACCUUUAUAACUUUGAAAAACGUCAUGCAGUACCGGAUGAUGUCGGAAGAUCUUUACUUUGAGUACGAAGUGUCGAUGACUACCAAGACGUGGCCUUUGAAGGACAUGUUGUCGGAUUUGAUUUUGAGAAUUGUGGCGUCCGGCGUUCGUGCGUACCAGGAAGCGGUCGUUGCCAAACGGUACAUGGACUAUGGGGUACAGAUCAAGAUCUUUCACUCGCAGGACCAGGAGGGAAGUUUGCCGCAUCCCAUGAGAUGUGAGGACUUGCUGGCUGCUUUUAUGGUUUUGGGGGCUGGAAUUUUGCUGUCGGUUGUUGCUUUCUUGGGAGAAAUUUUAAGGGUGAGGUAUGAGAAAUAUGCGAUUUCCUUGAAAGAACCUGUUGUAAUUUGAUUGAACUCCUCAGGUUUGAGGAUAGUUUUGUGACGAUAUAUUUAAAAAUUCAUUUUGUAUUACAUUGUAGUAUUGUUUGAUAAUGGGUUAGAAAUUUGCACCUACCUUUAAAAAGAAAACAUUUUUGAAGUAGUUAGUCAAUGUUUAUCCUAAAUAGCACUAUUGUUCUGUUGAUACGUUUUUGUUUACUUUAUAUUAAUAUAAGUGUUGGAAAAAUCAUCGAUGAAGGUAAUCA